UUUGUCUUUUAACAGCAAUCCCCAAAGUCUUCCUGGUUCACCUACGCUUCUCUGGGUUUGGCUGCAAAUUUUCGGAUUUUUGAAAGCUUAUCUGAUCGCGAAGAAUUUACCAAUGAAACGGGAAGUGCAGCUAGAGCCGCCAGUUGCGCAAAACCUUGGGGAUUCCGACCCUCUGCUCGAUAAUCAGGAGGAGGAGGAGGAAGUGCGGAAGGAGGAGGAGUGCCCAGGAAGCACAAGUGAGAUUAAGAGUGAAGAUGUCGAGGCCGGUUCACUUCCUUCUUGUCGAAUUUGCCUGGAAAGCGAUUCCGACCCAGGUGAUGAAUUGAUAUCACCAUGCAUGUGCAAGGGGACCCAACAGUUUGUCCAUCGUUCCUGUCUUGAUCACUGGCGCUCAGUAAAGGAAGGGUUUGCCUUCUCACACUGCACCACUUGCAAAGCCCAGUUUCAUCUUCGAGUUGAAUUGUUUGAGGACAACUCCUGGCGUAAAAUGAAGUUCAGGCUUUUUGUGGCGAGGGAUGUUUUUCUUGUAUUUUUGGCUGUACAAACUGUGAUUGCGGCAAUGGGUGCCUUUGCAUACCUCAUGGACAAAGAUGGAGCAUUCAGGAACUCAUUCGAUGAUGGUUGGGAUCGGAUACUGUCAAACCAUCCUAUUCCAUUUUAUUACACUAUUGGAGUAGUAGCAUUCUUUGUGCUGCUUGGAUUUUUUGGUCUCAUUCUACAUUGUUCCUCCCUCAAUGCCAAUGACUCUAGAAUGGCUGGGUGUCAGAACUGUUGUUAUGGAUGGGGGAUUUUGGAUUGCUUUCCUGCAUCAAUGGAGGCAUGCUUUGCCCUUGUGGUUGUUUUUGUAGUCAUCUUCGCAAUUUUGGGUAUAGCUUACAGUUUCCUCGCAGCCACAAUGGCGAUUCAAAGAAUUUGGCAGAGGCACUACCACAUACUGACCAAGCGGGAGCUAACAAAGGAAUAUGUUGUGGAGGAUCUCCAAGGUUCUUAUUCCCCACCAAAAUUGGACCCAGAACACGAAGAGCGCUUGAAAAUGCUCAAGCUUUUGUGAUUGAUUAAACAGACUUGUAAAAUGUGAUAUAGAAUUUUUAAUGCUAAGAUUUUAUUUUAAAUUUUAGUUGCAACCUCUCAUGUUCAGCAGCCUUCUGUUACUGAGCAUGCAAGUGGAUUAUAUGAUCGUUUUUAUCUUGUUCCUCGCCAGGUUCUUUACUUCGCUGACUCUAUCAUGUAUGCACUUUUUUUUUACCCAUUUUCAAACUCUCCUUUUUUGUAAAUAAAAAAAAAUUAAAGGAUUGUAUAAGUAUUUUUUUUGUCCUUUUA